AUGGCCGAACCGGAUGCAAAAGCCUCAGCUGCGGGCGAGGCUUCUGCCGGGCCCAGCAAACCGCAGAAGCCUCCGAAUCCCGUCUGGAGGAUGAUGGGCCUGCCAAACUUUCGCUUCAAGCUGCCGUCGCGCAAUUGGAUGAUUUUUCUUUCGAUUACUGGGUCUUGGACUGCGGCAGUCAUGUAUGAUCGGAGGCAAAAGAAGCGCAUACAGAAGAAGUGGGCGAAGGUUGUUGAGCACAUCGCACACGAGCCGUUGGACGUACACCAGCUGCCGAGGAGGCUUACUAUAUUUUUAUCUGCACCGCCGGCGGAUGGAAUAGUACCUGCACGCGAUCACUUCCACGAAUACGUCAAGCCCAUCCUUGUCGCAGCGGCGUUAGAUUGGGAUGCGGUCGAGGGCCGAAGGGAAGGAGACGUCAGAGCUGGGUUGGCAGAGCGGAUACGGAAGCUGAGGAAGAAGAGGGGAGAGGCGACUGCCGAGCCAUUAGAGCCAGGGCUUGAGGAGGAGUUGGAAGGACUAAGGCAAAGAGCUGGUGUGAGCCAGUGGAGUGGACCGGGAGGAGACAUCAUUAUCGGCAGACACACAUGGAAAGAAUAUGUUCGAGGACUACAUGAGGGUUGGCUGGGACCUCUGGACCCUCCGCCAUCAUCAGAACCGACGGUAGAGGUACCGGUUGCUGCGAUCGAACCCACACCUGCGUCAACCGAAACACCCUCUGACAGCACAACACCUGCCACGACCGACGAUGCAUCACCUACCGCUACACCCGAAACCCCAAAGACGGAAGACACUGAGAAGCCGAAGGAAGAGGAGAACAAGCCCAAGAAGAGGAAGCAACCACCACCAUUCAUCUCAACCGCUGAAUACCAUAACGCCGUACUCUCCCAAAACUGCCCACAAGCACUUGGUCCCGCCGCCGUAGUGCCUCUCCCCCAUCUUCUCGGAUUCUUCAACUUCCCCAUUCGCAUGUUCCGUUUCCUGAACAAGAGACAAGCGGCGGAUGAGAUUGGCCGGGAAACCGCUGCUGCUGUUCUGGGUGCAUACCGACCUUUCGAGACUGCAGGCGAAGCGUCUGUCACGAACGAGGAAGACGGACAAAGUCAGGCGCAGUGGGAGCAACAACGAUUACUUGCACACGAAGAACCAGACUGGUCCAAGACAGCACGAAAGCGCGAAGAAGGCGACACUAGGGAGAGGGUAUGGCUAGACGAGAUGGUGCUGGACCCCAGAAUCGCUGAGCGCAUGCGGAGGUUUGCAUUAGAUCGCGAAGUUGAAGAGCGCGCUAAGAGCAUGUCUCUCUCAAAAGAAGAAUCAUGGUUCAGCUCACUGUGGCCGAAAGAGAAGCCCAAGGGUGCUUGGGAAGGAUUGAGCGACGAUUAG